UUCAUUUCGUGACCUCGCUCUUUUAAGUACUAGUAGUAUUGUUGUGUUCCACGAUUCACACUUCUCUUGUUUCUCUCUUCUCAGGCGCAGAUUAUUGUCAAAGACUAUAGUCGUUAUGGAGGAUUUUCUAUGGGGUUUCUCUAUUGUAUCUAUUGUUUACGUUCUUCGAAGGCUAAGGAAGGCCAUGUCCAAGCCUCCUCUCUCAUGGGUUGGCCAGUUUUUGAUUGAUCAACCGGGAGAGAAGGCUACUUCAGCAUCCUCCGAGAGUGUCAUAUUUUCUCGGGAAAAUGAUCAAUUACCAAAGGGUUUGCCUAAUUUUGAUGUUUUGAUAAACCAGGGAUCGAAUGAUGACAAGGCGACGUUAAUCAAGUCUAGGAAAAGGCCUGCGAGGUUGGUUUUGCCAGAAACACGUCCGGAGUUGGACUUUGGUGGCAUGAACAAUAGGGAAUUGGAGAGUAGAGAAAUUGAGGUUGAAGGGAGAGAUUUCUGUUUGGCUAGUAAGAAAGGGAGGAGAGAUGUCAUGGAAGAUGGUUAUAGUGCCAUUGUUGACAUAUCUGGAAAUCCUAAACAGGCAUUUUUUGCUGUGAUUGAUGGGCAUGGAGGUUGUGCUGCAGUAGAUUAUGUUUCAGAAAAUCUUGGAAAGAACAUCCUAAAAGCCCUAGAAAAUGUGGGGGAGGAAGAUGUCAAUGAGGCUAUUAGAGGAGGUUACUUGGUCACAGACAGCGAGUUCCUUAGCAAGGGAGUAGGCAGUGGAGCUUGUGCAGCUAGUGUGUUCUUGAGGAAUGGAGAGUUGAAUGUAGCCAACCUGGGUGAUUGUAGAGUAGUUUUGAGUAGGAAAGGAGUGGCUCAUACACUGACAAAUGAUCAUAGUCUUCGUAGGGAAGAUGAACGUCUCCGGAUCGACAACUCUGGUGGUUUUGUGUGUUGUCGCAACGGUGUGUGGAGAAUUCAAGGAUCACUGGCUGUUUCAAGGGCAAUAGGAGACCAACAUUUGAAGGAGUGGGUCAUCUCUGAACCAGAUAUUAUCAAUUUUCCAUUAUCUUCGGACUGUGAGUUCUUGAUAAUGGCUUCUGAUGGCCUCUGGGAUAAGGUAAGUGAGCAGGAGGCAGUUGAUGUGGUAUUAGGAGACGAUAAAAAUUCAGUUGAGUCGUGCAAAAAACUUGUAGAAAUAUCUUGUAGCAGAGGCAACAUGGAUGACAUUACUGUGAUGGUGAUCAACCUUCGAAAUCUUAUAUGACAUUAAUUAACAGAUGGAUCAAUGUUGUAAUUGUUAUGGCUAUUUAGAGUCAACGGCUAGCCUUUCAUUGGAGACAGUUUUUGUAAAGCAAACUUGAAUAAUUAAGCUGAUAGAAUAUAUAUAUAUAGAAAUGGAAGUUGAAGUUGAAGAAGAAUUUGGUUUGAAUUAUUUU